UAAUAAGCUUUUGAGAGCGGCGAUCACCGCUGUCGGACAACAUAUACAUGACGCGAUACAACGCGCGCUGCCGGGCAGCGAUAAUUUGACUUUCCUUGAAGUGAGUGGUGUCGGACAUUGCAGACCAGAUUGUGGGAACGAGGAUCUUGGAUUUCCAGGCAGGAUGAGUGGUGAGUGAGAUCUUGAGAUCGAUUGAGGGAGUUCAUCAAUGUCCUCCAGACGAUGAAGGACCAGUCAAGAAGCAGAUCAAGAAGAAGCGGGUCAUCAUGUCAGACGAGGAAGACGAGGAUGCAGGUGGACCAUCGACACACAAGAGAGGUCCAUCAUCGUCGCCGCCUGUGAAGAAAGCAAAGGUGCCAUCACCCUCAAAACACGUCAAUGGCUCUGCCUCUUCGUCCACAUCGAAGCCAAGCACCAACGGGAAACCUCUAGCGUCGAUCUUUGCGAAGCCUACGGGGAAAUCCUCCAAUGGGACGAAGCCAAGGGAGAAAGAGGAACCACGGGAUGAGGAAUUUGAACCUGAUGAGGAGGGAGAGGAUGAAUUGGACGAUGAGAUAGAGGAUAAGCAGGAAGGAGAAGCAGCUGUAAAAUUAGCGUCGAUCUUCACCAAAGACCACAAGAGUGUGCCCGUUGCGGACAAGGGCUGGAAGGAGGGCGAACCUGUUCCCUACUCGGCUCUGGUCUCGACAUUCGAGAAGGUCGACUCCACUACGAAACGUCUGGAGAUCUUGCAGUAUCUUACUCAGUUCUUGGUCGUUGUGGCGAAAAGGGACACGGCUACCGAGGCCAAGAACUCUCAGCUCUUGAAGGUGAUUUAUCUGUGUAUUAACAGGCUGUGUCCAGACUACAUGGGUAUCGAGCUUGGUAUUGGCGAAUCGCUCUUGAUAAAAGCUAUCGCGGAGAGCACUGGGCGAGCGACGACUAAGAUCAAGGAAGAUCUCAAGUCCGAGGGCGACCUUGGAAACGUCGCAAUGAUGUCCCGGAAUACCCAGCCCACGAUGUUCAAACCAAAGCCGUUGACUGUACCGGGGGUAUUCAAGGAUCUCACGGAAAUAGCGAAUGCUACCGGAAAUGCCUCUCAGACGAAGAAGGUCGGUAUCAUCAAGAAACUUCUCGCCGCGUGUCAAGGCAACGAGGCGAAAUUCAUCGUUAGAUCGUUAGAAGGAAAGCUCCGGAUAGGAUUAGCGGAAAAGACACUCGUGGUGGCACUGGCGCAUGCGGUCGUCUUGCGGAAUUUGGGUGACAAAAAGCUCCCGCAUGACAAGCUGGCGGCGAAGCUGGAAGAAGGAGCGGAGAUAGUGAAGGGGGUCUACAGCGAGCUUCCUAAUUACGACCUGAUCGUCCCUGCGUUGUUGAAGAAUGGAGUUGAGAAUUUACGCGAGGUGUGCAAGCUCACCCCAGGGGUACCGUUAAAGCCAAUGUUGGCCAAACCUACAAAAGCCAUCUCGGAAGUUCUGGAUCGAUUCGAGGGCAAGGAAUUCACCUGCGAAUACAAAUACGACGGCGAGCGAGCGCAGGUGCACAGACUCGAGAACGGCGAGAUUGCGGUGUUCAGUAGAAAUUCUGAAAACAUGAGUGCAAAGUAUCCCGAUCUGGUACAGCAAGUGCCCCGCUGCGUGAAAGAGGGCACCAAGAGCUUUGUCAUCGAUGCAGAGGCUGUCGCUUUCGAUCUAGAAACCAAAAAGUUACUGCCAUUCCAGGAUCUGUCAAGGCGGAAAAGAAAGGAUGUCAGGACAGAGGAUAUCACAGUCCGAGUCCACCUAUUUGCUUUCGAUCUCUUGUAUCUCAAUGGCGAGUCGUUGCUGAAACUUGAACUCAAAGAACGUCGCAAGUUGCUACGGGAGCAUUUCCACUUUGUGGAAGGCGAGUUCGACUUUGCAAAGUCGUCUGAUGCAACCUCGGUGGAGGAGAUUGAGGGAUUCCUGGAGGAGAGCGUUAAGGAUGGAUGUGAAGGAUUAAUGGUCAAAAUGCUUGCCACCGAUGCUUCUACGUAUGAGCCAAGCCGGAGAUCGAUGAACUGGCUGAAGCUCAAGAAGGAUUACUUAUCUGGAGUUGGUGAUUCCCUCGACUUAGUCGUCGUCGGGGCGUAUCACGGAAAAGGAAAGCGGACAGCAGUUUACGGAGCCUUUCUCCUAGCAUGCUACGACCCAGACUCGGAGAACUACCAGACUAUCUGCAAGAUUGGCACGGGUUUCUCAGAGGAGAUUCUAACUCAAUUCUACGAGGCUUUGAGGCCUUUGGAACUGGCUGGCGGAGCCAGAGGCGACAUCGAAGUUGGAGCGGCCAAGCCGGAUGUCUGGUUCGAACCGAAAAUCGUGUGGGAAGUCUUGACUGCCGAUCUGAGUUUAAGUCCGGUCUACACCGCGGCUCAUGGCUUGGCUGAUCCCAGGGGUAUCUCACUUCGAUUUCCGAGGUUCAUCAAAGUCCGAGAUGACAAAAAUCCAGAGGAGGCCACAUCGGCAGAGCAAGUCUGUGAGUUCUACCAACGACAAGUGACUGCGAACAAGAAAGGCGGUGGCGGCGGGGGCGGUGAUGACUUCUGGUAGUUGUAAGAUUUUCGCGGGGAGAUGACAGAACUCCUUUGGCACUGUCAAACGUAUGUCAAGCGAUCUAGGGUAAUUAGCUAUGCUCCCUGCAGCUGUCCAUGUACGAACAAGAAUGUAUGCGUUUACGACUGGG